AUGACUGCCGGCAAACCAAUCAACGAACGAACCGCACUCCUACGACACCCACUACCCCAGAUACUCAAGCAUCAUAGCAGUCCAGCAGGAGAACUACUCCCCCAAACUCCAUCCACUCAACCAACGCUCAUCUCUCACUCCAACUUCCAUCUCACAAACGCGUAUCAUCUGGCCGGAUUAGUUAAUGAUCAGGGCGGGGAGUAUGAGAAAUAUAGGAAAUCUUCCGAGGAACUCAAACAACUGUCGAGUAAGGCUAGGCAAUUCUACGAGCGGCAGAACGAGAUUCUGGAUUAUUUCCAAGAGAUAGACUCGGUUCUCGACAGUUCGCGUCGAAGGUCGAGUGCCGGAGUGACUCCAGAGCGGAGGAGGAGCGAAGGAUUGAUCGAGCCUCAUGAUCUGGAAGCUGAUCCGCUAUUGGACCAUGAGCAACGACCCGGUGAACCGGUGGAAUGUGCUCAUAAAUUGGAUCGCGAACGUAAAGAGAGUCUCAGCGUUAGACGGACAAUUAGUAUCAACUUCUUUAUCAAUUUCCUUCUGCUGGCUGGAAAGAUCGUUGUAGCUUUACUCUCGAACUCGAUCUCCUUAAUUGCCUCCUUGGUCGAUAGCGCCAUGGAUUUCCUAUCAACUGCUAUCAUCUGGUGGACAAAUCGUAAAAUCGAUAGCAAAAGUUGGCAAUCCAUUUGGCAGUACCCUGCCGGAAAAAGACGGAUGGAGCCAAUGGGCGUAGUGGUAUUCUCGGUGUUCAUGAUCUCCUCAUUUGUCCAAGUCUUAGUGGAAUCGAUCGAACGACUGUUUGCCGGAUCAAACGCCGGGAUCAGCAUCCCCUUCACCUCGAUGAUCGUCAUGUGGGUCACCAUCCUCGUCAAAGGCGUCGUAUGGCUCUGGUGUCGUAGGAAGAAAAAUACUAGUGUCAAGGCGUUGGCUCAAGAUGCUGAAAACGAUUGUAUCUUAAACAUCUUCUCACUUUUGUUUCCUUACAUCGGCCUCACAUUCAAUCUGCCUUGGUUAGAUGCGGUCGGCGGAUUAAUCCUAUCAUUAUACAUCAUUACCGAAUGGACGGGGACGUUAUUUGACAAUGUCAAGAAUCUGACUGGUCGCCGAGCCGACCCAAUCCAGCACCAACGAGUAGCAUAUCUGGUCACCCGCUUCUCGCCUUUGAUCCAGGCUGUCCAGCACUGCCAUGUCUAUCAGGCUGGCGAUGACUUGAUUGUUGAGACAGAUGUGAUUCUCUCACCCGAAACCCCACUGCCUGUUGCUCACGAUGUCGGUGAAUCGGUACAAUAUGCCCUUGAGUCGCUUGAUGGCAUUUCACGAGCUUAUUGCCAUGUGGAUUUUAGUAGUAAUCCGAUGUCUGGUCACUUUCAACGAUAG